AAGAUGGUUACUUGAGAAACAGCACUUGUUGAUGUGCUUUUUACAUAACUUUUGAAAAUAAUGAAGUUAUGAAUUUACAAACAGAUGAUAACGAUGAAUAUAAUUCCUUGAAAGGAAAUGAUUGUAAAACAUCUGUUUGUAGAAUUUGCUAUGGAAGUUCAGAAGAAGAAGAGUUAAAAACUCCUUGUAAAUGUUUGGGUAGUGUUAAGCAUAUUCAUCAAUCCUGUCUUAUGAAUUGGCUUCGAACUGGUAAUAAUCAUUGUGAAAUUUGUAACACUCCAUACAGGUUUCAUAGGACAACUCUGCCUUAUAAUCAAAGAAUUUCUCCAAACAAAACAUCAUGGCAUCUUGCUUGGAUUGUAAAAGAACUAGUUGUAUUAGACUGGUUUCAUUUUUUAGAAAUGGUUUUUAUAUGUGUCAGCUUAAUGAUUAUUAAUCGUAUGUCUUCAUUUGAUCUUGUUUACCAAUUUGGACUCAUUGGGCUUGUGGAGUUAAUUUAUUACACAUUAAAUGUAGCCUGUUGCUUUUUCUUGUUGUAUUAUGAGAGUUGGGUACAGUUAAAUAUUAAAAUGGUUGUUUUAAACUAUAAAGAUCCCCUCAAAGAAAAUAUUUCUCUCUGGUUGAAGAUAUUAGAAUGGUAUGCUUCAAUUAUACGUAAAAAUAAACGUCUCAAAAAUGUGGUUGAUCUCAUUCGAACAGAAGAUUUUGUUUUUAUUGAAGAUAAUUAAUUUAGAAAUU